UCCUCUAGCUGCCUCCUGUUGCAUUGUGGGAUUUGCAGUUUUUCCUCAAAGGUUUUGUUUCCAGACCUUUGCCCAUCCUGGUCAGUAUCCUCCUUGCAUUAUGGUGCCCAGAACUAGACACAGGAAUAUUCCUAGUGAUAAUUGACCAAAGCAGAAUAGAGUGGCAUUAUGACUUGGCUUUGCUUUGUAUGUAUUGCUUUUAAACCAGGUGUACUGCAUUGCUUUGAAGCCAACUGUAUUGUAUUGCUUUGAAGCCAGGUGUCAUGCAUCAUAUAUUUGUGCACCUCCUUUUCCUGACUAGAGGUAAUGCCUUAUAUUUAUACCUGCAUGUUUUCAUCGGUCCAGAUGUGAGGCCACAAUCUUUCCGUUUGCUCCUUUGAACCAGUGACAUUACCCUCUGUGUUGAUGCACCAUUCGGCCAUUGGUUCAGCCUAUCCAUUUUUGCAGAAGGUGCGGAUCAUCAGGUGAGGUGGAGGGCACUGGUCAAGCUCAGGGUGAUGACAUCAUUCCUGUUGUGGGCGACGGCAUCAUGGAGUCUUUGCCUGGCUUUGGCCAAUGGGAAGCCAAGCUUUGAACCGUUGGAGAAGGAACUCUGGGGAAUUCUUUUGUAAAAGGACAAUUGAAAAUUCUGCUGGAGAAGAGCUGCAGGAGAGAGCCAAAGGCCGCCUCCAGCCAUGAUUUGCCGUCCGGCAGCCUGGGUGGCCAAACUGCUGGGAAGGGUCAGCGGCCGGAGGGUCUUGAGGGCUGUGCCCAAGGCCUUUGGGGGAAGCCGGGGCUUUUGCACCACGCGAGGGCUUCAGGUGCUGCAGCAACAACUGAAGCACUUGUCUCUGCAUGAAUACCUGAGCAUGAAGCUCUUGAAGGAAGCUGGCAUCCCAGUUCCCUAUGGGCUGGUGGCCAGAACCCCAGAGGAGGCCUACCAAGUGGCCAAAAGGAUAGGCACCGAAGACCUGGUGGUCAAAGCGCAGGUGCUGACCGGCGGCCGGCAAAAGGGCGUCUUCGAAGGGGGCCUGAAAGGUGGGGUGCAGAUGGUCUGCUCCCCAGAAGAAGCCAGGGAGAUGGCCUCCAGGAUGAUUGGGAAGAGGCUCUUCACCAAGCAGACGGGGGAAAGGGGCCGGAUUUGCAACCAGGUCUUCAUCUGCGAGCGCAAAUACCUGCGGAAGGAGUACUACUUUGCCAUCAUGAUGGAGAGGUCCUUCCAGGGCCCGGUGCUCAUUGGCAGCUCCCAGGGAGGGGUGCAGAUCGAAGACGUGGCCGCGGAGACCCCCGAGGCCAUCAUCAAGGAGCCGGUGGACAUCAUGGACGGGAUCACCGAAAAGCAAGCAGUGCAGCUGGCCCAGAAGAUGGGGUUCCCUUCCCGCCUGGUCUACGAAGCAGCCGACAACAUGAUCAAGAUCUACAACUUCUUCAUCAAAUACGACGCCAUUGUGCUGGAAAUUAACCCUUUGGUUGAAGACUCUGAAGGAAGGGUGAUGUGUAUAGACGCAAAGAUCAUUUUUGAUAGCAAUUCAGCCUUUCGCCAGCAGAAGAUCUUCGAGCUGCAGGACUGGACCCAGCUGGAUGAAAGAGACCGGGAGGCUGCCAACGCAGAGCUGAACUACAUUGGCAUGGAUGGGAACAUUGGGUGCCUGGUCAACGGGGCUGGCCUGGCCAUGGCCACCAUGGACAUCAUCAAACUCCACGGAGGGACGCCGGCCAACUACCUCAACGUCGGAGGGGGAGCCACCGUGGAGCAAGUGACCGAGGCCUUCAAACUCAUCACUUCCAACGAGAAAGUCCAGGCCAUUCUAGUCAACAUCUUUGGUGGACUGAUGAGGUGCGACGUCAUUGCGCACGGCAUCAUCAUGUCGGCGAAAGACCUGGAGUUGAAAAUACCAAUAGUUGUUCGGCUGCAAGGCACCCGGGUUAAGGAUGCCAAAGAAUUAAUAGCGGAGAGCGGGCUGAAGAUUCUGGCCUGCGACGACCUGGACCAGGCGGCCAAAAUGGCCGUGAAGCUCUCGGAGAUCAUGGUCUUGGCCAAAGAGGCGCAAGUGGACGUCAAGUUUACGCUGCCAUCUUGAUCUUGCAGAACUCUGGCUGGCGUUUCCAUUUUGUUCUGUUUCCUAAAAUACUUUCUGCAAUUACCUCCCUCCCAUUUUUGAUGCGGAAACGUAAAUUCCUUGCAUGGAAAAAUGAUUUUUAAUGUGGUCACCAUUCAUGUCAAAGGAUUGUAUUCUGAAUAUUUCUGGUCUUAUCUCUCUUGCCUUGUGGUCUUCCUUCUUUCCUUCCUUCCUUCCUUCCUUCUGAAGUGAAAUCCUUCUCGAUAGACUUUUUUAUUAUCAAAAAGAGCUUGUAGGGGGAAAUCUAUGUCUUCCAAAUAAAAGCCUCAUGCCAAGUGCACUCUUGUGUUUCUCCCCACAAUCAUGUCUUUUCCAUGCCUCCAAGUUGUUCACAGUUUAUGGUGACCCUAGAGAGAACCUAGCUUAGGGUUUCCUCCACUAGAUUUAGUCCGAGGAGCUUUGCCACAUUUGCCUUCCUUCUGGGCUGAGAGUGUUUGACUCGACCAAGGUCACCGUUUCCAUGGCUGAGGCAGGAUUUGAACCCAGGUCUCCCAGGGUCCCACUCCAACAUUCAGAUCACUGCACAACACUGUCUCCCCAAAAUAUGUCUUCAGAGGAGGUUUGCCAUUGCCUUCCUCUAAGGCUGAGGAGUUUAUCACCCUGGGGCUAAUUUUGGCAUUAAAGAGAGAUUAAAGCGCAUUUAAAGCAGUCUGCAAAUAAAGUGAAAAUAACAAGUAAUUGUGCAAACGAUUAUCAAAUGCAGUUGCAUGAAUAAAGUGAUAUCUGA